CCCCCCGCGCUGCCGAUCCGUCGCUAGUUGCGCUUCACGGCAUUGACAGAGCGAACAUUUCGGAACGCUUUUUGCUUCAACUUUUCUGUUCUACUUUGUGAUCCUAAACUUGGGCAAAGAAGGGAUUUCGGAAGUAACAUCAUCGCAUCUUCGUUCAAGACCGCUUGGAGAGGCUUGGAGCUCCUCUAUGCGCCGUUUUGUGCAGUUCGUGUGUCAUAAUGUCGCUCUGAGGACGACAAUGGGGAUCCGUUAGUCUGCCCGUUUUCAGGCGAUGACUAUGUAUGAUCAACAAGUCGUUUUUCUGUAGUGGGGUUUGUAUUGUACCGUGUAGUAAUGGCCGAUCAACUGGUGGACGGACCACCGAAUAAACGGCAAAAAUUGGGCACGCCGGAUACUCCAACUGAAAAUGCAGACAUUGGAAAAUUUUUGGAUGACUUGGAGCAGAAUUUACCAGAGGAAUUAAUGGGCUCAGGGUCGUUAGACAGUCCCGAAGGACUUACAAAUGGUGAAUCAGCUGAUGUGGCUACCACAACUUCGAGUUUACAACAAAUCUUACAGACAAAUUCCCAUGUACUGUCAAGUGCAGCGAGCACGGGGCUUACAUCAACUGCAAGCUCAUCUGGCAUCUCGAGUCCCCAUUCACCUUCACUGACAACUCUUACUACUGCCAAAUCCCCUGCGAUCAGUCAGUCUAUAUCUUCUCCUCCGUCUAUGCCUGUUAGUACAUCAGGAACACCGACUCCUGCGACCCCGCUCACAAGCGAGCAUCAUCUUUCUUCGAUGGGUAUGAGUCCUGCUGGUCCUCCGGUUAACUCCGCGCCACUGUCAACAAUGAACUCCCAUUCGUCGAUGCAACAAACUAGUUUGGCAUAUAGCUUUUCGUCCGGGCCAUAUAAUGCCCUAGAUAGUGGAACGAUGAGUACUGCUAGUCCUUCAAUGGCUUCAUUGAACGGAUCUGCAGCGAGAAACACAUUAAAAACUAUGAAUUCAGUUCAACGUAAUGGGCCGACUUCGUAUGGCGGACGCACAGCGAACUCUAUGGCUUUGAACAUGAAUGCUUCUUCGGGUCCGUCUUCGAGUCCUUUUUCGAACAAUUUGAACCAAAUACAGACAGAUCCUUUAUCGAUAAAAAUGGAACCGAACUUAUUUACAGCACAGGGAUUAAAUGGAAGCCUUGAUUCGCCAAGAUCAAUUCAAGGAAGUCAGGGGUCCCCACUUCCAGGUACUGCAGCAGCUGCUGCUGCCGUCAACGCAGUGGCUGCAUCCCAGCCUCCCACGGCAGACCCUGAAAAGCGACGUCUAAUUCAACAGCAGCUGGUCUUACUCCUGCAUGCACACAAGUGUCAACGGCGCGAACAGCAAGCAGCCAAUGGAGAGAUGAAGUCAUGUAAUUUGCCACAUUGCAGAACCAUGAAGAAUGUGCUCAACCACAUGACAACCUGUACAGCGGGCAAGACAUGCCAAGUCGCCCACUGUGCCUCUUCACGUCAGAUAAUAUCUCAUUGGAAAAACUGUAUGAGACAAGAUUGCCCUGUUUGUCUCCCUUUGAAGCAUGCAUCAGAUAGGAGGAUAAGCCAAGCCAAUGUGGGUAUGCAGAGAGCUUACCAAGCUCUGGGCCUGAACUACAGUGGCAGUAAUGGUGCUCCCAACUUUGGAUCUAUGGGAAUGGGUGGCAACAGGUCAUUUGGAGAAACAACAUCUGGGACAUCGAGCACCGGCAGUGCUGCUAACCGUGGACCUAAGGAGUGGCACAGCCAUGUCACGCAGGACCUUAGAACACAUCUUGUGCACAAGCUUGUGACAGCAAUAUUUCCCACUCCUGUCAAUGAUCCCACUGCUAUGAGAGACAAGCGGAUGUGCAAUCUAUUAAAUUAUGCACGGAAGGUAGAAGGUGACAUGUAUGAGACAGCCAACUGUAAGGAGGAAUAUUAUCACUUGUUGGCUGAAAAGAUCUACAAGAUCCAAAAAGAAUUAGAAGAAAAGCGCCAAAGAAGAUUGCUUGCUCAAAUGAGAACAACUGCGGCACCUCAAGUUGGACAAAAUCAAGCUCCAUUUCAUCAAAUGAAUGGUGAUCCAUCUGCUUCACAAACGCUAAGGUCGGCACAAGUGGCAGCGGUUGAGGCUGCACAGCAACAUCGACAGCAGCCCCAGACACAAGCACAGUCCAACUUUAGUGAUCUCCUCUCCCAGUUAUCGCCCCAGCCACCAUGCUCCAUGGCUGGCAUGCCGACAGCCUCAGCGCCUCAACUGCAGAGCAGCAUGUCAAGUCAGCAACAACAACCACAACAGCAUCAGAUUUCUGCUCAACAACAGCUUCAGCAGCAGCAACACCAACAGCAGCAGUUACUCCAGCAGCAGCAGCAACAGCAGUCUCAAAUGCCACCUCAAUCAUCUCAGUCGAUGACUGGCGGCCAAAAUAACACCCAGUCACUUACAGGCCAAGGGCAAGGCAAGAAUCAAAUGCCUUCACCAGCAACACCCCAGUCGAUGUCCAGUGAAAAGCCCAGCUAUCCUCAGUCACCCAAACCAAGCACAGGCAAAGGUGCAGUGCCGUCACCGAGUCCACAAAGACCAGCAUCAAGUAUGGGCAAGCCCGAUACCAUUGAGAAACAAGGCAUAACUCCAGUGUCUGAGUCUGCUUCAAGCACCUCACAGCCUCAAAAGAACCAGAAAUCUUAUUCUGAUCCAAGUCAAGCACAAAGUUCACCUUCCCCUGCCCAGGGUACUGCUCAGCCAGUGGUAAAGACAGAGGAGGAUGUGAAGCCUGUGAUCACCAUGGCACCUGCUAGCCAAGCUGUCACUCAAUCUGCUUCACCCCAUACCACCUCUAGCCCUGCCCUUCCUAUCGCAGGAACAGUCAGGUUUCCAUUCAGAAAAGUGUUUCUCCCAGAGGAGCUGCGUCUGGCUUUGAUGCCAACUUUAGAGAAACUGUACAAGCAGGAACCAGAGUCUCUGCCAUUCAGGUCCCCAGUAGACCCCAAGCUUCUUGGCUGCUUGAAUGAUUACUUUGAGAUUGUGAGAAACCCAAUGGAUCUCUCCACAAUCAAGCGGAAACUUGACAAUGGGCAGUACAAGAAUCCUUGGGAGUACUGCGAUGAUGUAUGGUUGAUGUUCGAUAAUGCAUGGUUGUAUAAUCGAAAAACCUCCAGAGUUUAUAAAUAUUGUACAAAGUUGUCAGAAGUAUUUGAGUCGGAAAUAGACCCAGUGAUGAAAUUAUUGGGAUAUUGCUGUGGUAGAAAAUACGUAUUUCACCCACAAGUUCUGUGCUGCUUUGGCAAACAGUUGUGCACAAUAACGCGGGAUACUGCAUACUACACAUACCAGAACAGGUUUCACUACUGUGAGAAAUGUUUCAAUGAAAUUCAAGGUGACAUGGUCAAUCUUGGUGAAGAUCCCACUUUGCAGCAGAGCCUUAUCCCUAAAGACCAGUUUGUAAAGCUUAAAAAUGACCACUUGGAUGUGGAGCCCUUUGUAGAGUGUAUCGACUGUGGCCGCAAGGUCCAUCAGAUAUGUGUACUGCACCAUGACCUAAUAUGGCCAACCGGGUACCAGUGUGAUGCUUGUCUAAACAAAAGAGGAGUCAAGAAGAAAGAAAAUAAAUACACUGCAAGACGGUUGCAGCAUACCAGACUGGGCGAAAAGAUUGAGACCCGUGUGAACACCUUCCUACAGAAGCAGGGAUGCCCAGCCGAAGUCACAAUACGAGUGGUUUCAAGUGUGCAAAAGCAAGCAGAGAUCAAACCUGGAAUGAAGACUAGGUAUGAGGGCUCAGGCCAAUUGCCAGAGUACUUCCCCUACCAGGCCAAAGCUCUGUUUGCAUUUGAAGAGAUUGAUGGCACAGACGUUUGCUUCUUUGGCAUGCAUGUCCAGGAGUAUGGCUCUGAUUGCCAGCAACCAAACACACGGCGUGUAUAUGUGUCAUACCUGGAUAGUGUACACUUUUUCCAGCCAAGACAACUCCGGACAGCAGUGUACCAUGAAAUCCUAAUUGGCUACCUUGAGCAUGUUGGCCAAAUAGGGUUCCAAAUGGCGCACAUCUGGGCUUGCCCGCCAAGUGAAGGAGAUGACUACAUCUUCCAUUGUCACCCACCUGAGCAAAAAAUCCCCAAGCACAAGCGGCUCGUUGACUGGUAUAAGAAGAUGCUGGACAAGGCCAUAAUGGAUAAAGUCGUCAUUGAGUACAAGGAUAUCCUGAAACAGGCCAGCGAUGAUGGCUUGACGAAUCCUAAGGAGCUGCCAUACUUCGAUGGGGAUUUCUGGCCCAAUGCCUUGGAAGACAGCAUCCGAGAGUUGGAUCAAGAAGAGGAAGAGCGCAAAGCCAAUGCUGCAGCGGCGGAGGCCUCUGGAAAGGAGCAUGGCAAGGGAAGCAAGGUUAAAGGGAACAGCAAGCGGAGCAAUAGCAAGAAAGGCACUAAAAGUAAAGCAGGUAGCCGUAAGUUGAGCAAGAAGAUCAACGGACCCUCUAUGGAAUUGUGUGACCUCUCUCAAAGGCUGUAUAGCACCAUGGAGAAGCACAGAGAGGUGUUCUUUGUUAUUCGUCUCAAUGGUCGCAAGACCCCAGACACGUCCGACCCUGAUCCUAUGAUGACCUGUGAUCUGAUGGACGGCAGAGAUGCAUUUCUUACCCUGGCGCGGGAUAAACAUUAUGAGUUCUCAUCAAAUCGCAGAGCCCAGUUUUCUACCAUGGCAAUGCUUGUUGAGCUGCACAACCAAGGAAACGACCGAUUUGUCUACACCUGUAAUCUGUGCAAGAGACCUGUGGAAACUAGAUACCACUGCAACGAAUGCGAGGACUAUGACCUGUGCGUACCUUGCUAUGACGAGAAAGGUCAUGAGCACAAGAUGGAGCGACUGGGCUUUGACCUUGACGUAGAGCAGCAGUCCCAGCCUUCCAAGGACGGCCAACCACAGAAGAUGAAUGCUCAAGAAGAAAGGAGACUCAAGAUCCAGCGCUGCAUCCAGAGUCUUGUGCACGCAACGCACUGUCGCGACAUCAACUGUACUAUGCUGAGCUGUGCAAAGAUGAAGCGGGUUGUAGAACACACAAAGUCGUGUCGGAAGAAGACCAGUGGUGGCUGUCGCAUCUGUCAGGAACUCAUCCACCUGUGUUGCUAUCAUGCCAAGCACUGUAUGGAACGAGAAUGUGUUGUACCUUUCUGUCGGCACAUCAAGGCUAAGUUACGUCAACAGCAGUUGCAGCAGAGAUUUAACCAACAGCAGACACUGCGUCGGCGUAUGGCUCUCAUGCAGAAUAGAGGCCUCCCUCCGCCUCAGGUUCCUGUUCCAGCACCAACUGGGGGUAUACCUCAACAGGCACACCCUUCAAUACACCCACAAAUGCAAACACAGCAGCCUCCUCCUUACCAGCAGCCUCAGCAGAUGCCCCAGAAGCCAGUGACUGCUGGCCCACCGCCAGGAGCCGUGGCUGCAGUCCAGCAAAUCACUCGAGAUGCUAAUAUCCAGGCUGCACAAGCUAGACAGCCUAUGCCAGUAUCCACCCCUGGCCAGAUGAGCAUGGUGCAACAGGGAUUUCCCACGCAGCAACCGCCACAAGUGCAGCCUCCGCAGCAGCAAAUGACGGGGCAGCCGCAGAUGAACCCUCCCAACCCAGGCAUGCAGGGUAUGAUGCGCCCUACAAACCCCGCAGGGUUUAUGCAGCAAGGGAUGCAGCCAGGGAUGCAGCAAGGGAUGCCAAAUACUGCAGUCAAUGCAGGUCAGAUGCAGAGACCUGGUAUGAGGCCUGGAUGGCAAAUGUAUCAGCAAAAUCCUCAGCAACAACAGCAACAGCAAAAUCCUGGUGUGCCCAACCAAGGUAUGCAGCAACAGUUUCCACAGAUGAAUCAACAGCAAGGAGUACCUCCCAUGGGUGCACAGGGAAACCACAUGCGCCCGUCGACCAUCCCACCAGCGUUGCAGCAGCUCCUCCAUACUUUGAAGAUGCCCAACACUCCGCAGCAGCAGGCUCAGGUUGUACAGAUUCUAAAGAAGAAUCCGCACUUGAUACAAGCAUUUAUGAAGCAGAAACACCAGCAGCAGUUGCUUCAACAACAGCAGCAGCAACAGCAGCAACAGGCUGGUAUGCAACAGGGAGGAAUGCAAGGGAUGGCCCCCCAAGCAAUGCAACAGCAGCAGAUGCAGCAUAACAUGGGGAUGCCACCGCAGGGAAUGCAACAGGGAAUGCUGCCUCAAGGAAUGCCCCCACAAGGCAUGCAGCAAGGAUUACCGCCUCAGAGUAUGCAACAAGGGAUGGCUCCGCAAAGUAUGCAACAAGGCAUGCAAGGAAUGCAACAAGGCAUGCAGGGGAUUCAGCAAGGCAUGCAGGGGAUGCAACAAGGAAUGCAACACCCUAUGCAACAGGGAAUGCAACCUGGUAUGCAGAUGGGAAUGCAUCAAGGAAUGCAGCAAAUGCAGCCUAACAUGCAACAAGGAAUGCAACAAGGAAUGCAGCAAGGAAUGCAGCAGGGAAUACCCCAAGGCAUGCCUCCGAGCAUCCAACCUCAGAACAUGCAGCCUGGAAUGGCUCAAAGCAUGUCGCAAAGUGUUGCUCAAAGUAUGCCUCAGAACUAUGCUCAGAGCAUGUCUCAAGGCAUGCAGAGCACCGUGCAGCAGAUGACAAGCACCAGCCAGUCGGGUCUCACUCCACGACAGCAGCAGAGUAUGCAGUGGAUUCGACAAAUGCAACAGUUGAAGGCGCAGCAACAACAGCAGCAGGCUCAGCAACAACAGCAGAACGUCUUCCAGCAACCUCAGCUGCCCCCAUUCGCCCAGAUGAAUGCCUGGCGAGCACAGAUGCAAAACAAUAACUCUCAAGCUAACAUGAUGCAUCCGAACAGCCAGGCACAGCAACCACCGGGACAGCACUACCAAGCAAAGCAAAUGCAACCUCGUCUCAUGUCGCCGCAAGCUCCACCUCCCAUGUCGCCGCAGCAGGGGGGGCUUCCUUCGCAGUCCCCUCGUCCUGUCAUGUCACCGCAGCCACACGCUAACACGCUCUCGCCAAGGCAGCAGACCAUGUCGCCUGCCCAUCCACAACAGUCACUCACCUCACCUCGCCCCGCCCAGUCGCCUCAUCAGUCGCACAUGGAUCCGUCAAACCUUGGGGACAAACCGAACCUCUUCACUCAACCCCUCAGCGCGCGUAUGACGCUAACCCCUCUCGCCGCGCCCUCUGAGUCGGACAUGAGUCUAGGGCAGGAGGACUCUGAGACAGUCCCGCCGUUAACGCCACAGGACCAGUUGACGAAAUUUGUUGAAAAUUUAUAGUACAAAUUUUAAUGUAAAGUAGAACCAGAGACGAACAAAAGCAAAUGUACUUUAUACUUUCUAUGUAGUUUUAUCAUGACGCCGAUAAACAGGACGAUCAAAUUUUCUACCAUUCAUACUAUAUUAUAUGAUAAUUAAUUUGUAUAGCCGCUGGCAAGCAAUCUGGUGAGUCUUGCGGGUAAAGGGGUAUUCCUCCCGACCGUCAGAUGGACAAAUGCGAUGUAAUUUUAGUUUUAGAAUUCUAAUUUUUUGAACAACCUCAGCUGCUGCCAGUGUCGGCAUUGUAUAAAGCGCACGUUCUCAUAGUACAUAUAUUGACGUGCUCGUGUACUAAUAAAUCAGUGCACUUUUCAGAUCGCUUGACAAA